AUGGCAGAGGCCGAGGAGGAUUUCAGCAAGCUUCCGCUUCCCGAUCGCUUCGUACAUAAGAACUGGAAAGUCAGAAAAGAAGGCUACGAAGCCGCGACUAAAGAGUUCGACCUCGCCGCCAGCGAAUCAGACCCUGUCGUUCGUCAGUUCAUACAAGAUGCAAGCAUUUGGAAGGGAGUAGUUGGCGACUCAAACGUGGCCGCACAACAGGAAGGUCUCAAAGCGCUAUGCUCCUUCCUCCAAAUAUCAGGCGCUGCCGGUUGUCAGAGGACACGGCAAAUCACCGUUGCGACAAUCGCUGAAAAGGGGCUACCCUCGACAAGACCCGCCGCGAAACAAAAUGCGCUCGAAGCGCUGAUGCUGUACAUUGAAACGGACAAGCCGGACCCGGUCAUCGAAGAAUUGCUUCCUAUACUAUCCCACAAGGUGCCGAAAACCAUUGUGGCAACGCUAGACGCCCUCACACAGAUAUACCACGCAUACGGCUGCAAAACUGUCGAGCCGAAGCCAGUCCUGAAGUUACUCCCUAAGAUCUACGGACAUGCAGACAAGAACGUCCGAGCUAAGGCGCAAGAGCUGACUGUCGAAUUCUACCGAUGGCUAAAAGAUGCUAUGAAGCCCCUGUUCUGGGGUGAUCUGAAGCCUGUACAGCAACAAGAUCUAGACAAAUUGUUCGAGAAAGUGAAAGAUGAGCCGCCGCCAAAGCAGGAGCGACUACUGCGUUCACAACAAGCCGCGAAGGAAGCAGCGGCAGCCGCGCCGGGUGGUGGCGAGGAGGAAGUCGAGGAAGAGGAAGAAGCAGCCAUUGAUUUGGAACCAGAGUAUGAGGCUGUCAACGUCAUCGCAAAGAUCCCAGCGGACUACAGUGAACGAAUGGCUUCAUCCAAAUGGAAAGAUAGGAAAGAGGCUCUCGAUGACUUGCACAAAGUUCUUGACGUUCCUAGGAUUGCUGACGGACCAUUUGACGAGCUCGUCCGCACAUUCGCGAAAUCUAUGAAAGAUGCCAACAUCAUGGUCGUGAUCACAGCCGCCAACUGCGCUGAACUUUUAGCUAAGGGCUUGAAGAGGGGUUUUGCCAAAUAUCGAUCUACAAUCAUGAACCCAAUGAUGGAGCGUUUAAAAGAGAAGAAACAAACUGUUGCCGAUGCCCUUGGAAACGCCUUGGAUGCAGUGUUCGCCUCUUCUUCCUUGUCGGAAUGUCUGGAGGAAGUUGUGGAAUUUCUGAAGCACAAGAACCCUCAGGUCAAGCUCGAGUCGACACGAUUCCUGGUACGAUGCCUGAAGAGCAUUAGGGAGGCCCCUUCACAAGCCGAGGUCAAGACCAUUGCAGAAGCAGCAACAAAACUACUGACUGAAUCGCAAGCUGUUCAAAGAGAUGCUGGAGCCGAGGUUUUCGGUACUUUGUGGAAGAUCAUGGGCGAUCGCAUGAUGAAUGCUCAUCUCGAUGGCCUUGACGACAUACGAAAGGCUAAGAUCAAGGAGUUUCACGAUGCAGCCGAAGUUAAAGCGAAAUACAAGCCGAAAGCAGCGCCCCCUCCGAAGCCUGCUGCAGCCCCCGCUGGUAAAAAGCCUCUAGGAAAGCGACCAGGCGGUGUCAAGAAACCUGCACCAGCGGCUGCUGCCGCCCCUCCACCACCUGCCGAGGAGCCAACAGCACCCCUGGCACCUAAGCCCACCUCCCGACCUGGUGCUUCAAAGCUUGGAGCGCCUAAGUCUGGACUUGCAGCCCCUUCACGUCUGGGUGGAUUGAAGAAGCCUGGUGCUGCCGCUGCAGCUUCUCCACGGAAAGUGGCAUCGCCACCUCCGGAAGAAGAAGCACCACCACCUGCGCAGCCUAAGUUUGGUCUCGGCGCCGGACGAGGACUAGCUGGUCGACCAUUAGGAAAACCACAGGCAGAGCCUGCUCCUGUAGCUGCUCCAGCUCCAGCUGGUGUCAGUCUCGUAGAACGUGCCGAGCUUGACGAACUUCGAGCAGAGGUUGAGAGGCUCAGGCGGCAGAAUGAAGAUCUACGCAGUGAUAGGACGAAGCUCACUUCUCAGGUCCACGAAUUGCAAAAUCAGAACGCUCAGCUGAUCGAAGACCACACCCGAGACGUACUUUCCAUCAAAGCAAAAGAAACGCAGCUUGUCCGCGCCCGUGCGGACCUAGACACCGAGCAGCAAACUGCACAGAACCAACUCCGAGAAAUCGACCGCCUGAAGCGUGAGCUUAGUAGACAAGUACGCGCAACAUCACCACCUCCGAGAGACCUCUCCGAUCAAAUAUACACCGACACCAACGGUGGCGGUGUCGGUGUCGGUCGAUUCGGCGACUCUGGAUACGGUAGCCAAGGUCUUUACGGCAGGAGAGAUCGCUUUGCGAACGGGCCAGCAAGUCCAGGCGACGGUAAGGAAAAUUCUGACCGUCCUGGCAGUGGUCUGAGCGAUAAGCUGAGUCCCAUCCGUGCAGAAUCAGACGUACGGUCAGGAAAGUCAUCGCUAUCUUCGCGCGGCGGAGGUCGCAUUAGUCCUGCGGAUGCACCCACUAGUCGCAUAGGAGGUGGAGGAGCUGCUGGUGCGGAGAGCUGGAAGCGUGCUGCGGAGGUGACGCAGAAUUUGAAGCAGAGGAUUGAGAUGAUGAAGGCUAAACAAGGCAUUGGGAGACCGCCACAGUGA